AGUCUUUCAGCCCCGGGGGCUGCUGAGUAUGCAGGGCUCGGGUGCAUUCCACGCCUGCCGAGGGGCCCGGUCCUAUAAAAACACUGGAGAAAGGCUGCAGCCCGACAUUGAUUAGACCGGAUCUGUCCCACAUCUGUACAGCCUGGUGACAACAGCAACCAUGAACACACAACAACAGAUGAUGGAGCAGAUGGGGCAGUGGAGGAUCACUAUCUGGGAGGAGGAGAACUUCCAGGGCAAGCGCUGCGAGUUCAUGCUGGACUGUCAGAACAUCAUGGAGAGGGGCUUCCACAAGAUCCGCUCCGUCAAGGUGGAGAACGGCGCCUGGGUUGGGUAUGAGUAUCCUGAAUUUCAGGGUCAGCAGUUCAUCCUAGAGAAGGGCGAUUAUCCCCGUUUUGAAGCCUGGAGUGGAAACAGCAGUUACAGAACCGAACACAUGCUCUCCUUCAGACCUAUUAAGUGUGCUAACCACAGUGACAGCAAAGUGACACUCUAUGAGUGUGAAGACUUCCAGGGACGCAAGUUUGAGAUGUGCGACGACUACCCCUCCCUUCAGGCCAUGGGCUGGUGCAGCAAGGAGGUGCCUUCCAUGAAAGUCAACUCUGGAGCCUGGGUGGCCUAUCAGUUCCCUGGUUACCGCGGAUAUCAGUACAUCUUGGAGAGGGACAGACACCAAGGAGAGUACAGAAACUACAACGAGUUCAGCACCCAAGCCCACACCAACCAAGUCCAGUCUAUUCGCAGAAUCCAGCAGUAAGUCCGACGGCUGCUAUGUACCUACCAUGCCAUACGAUGUAUUAAAAUAGGCAAUAAAGACUUUAUUCAAACUAUGGAAAAA